CCGCCUCAGAUCAUACCGGUUGCUUGGCGUGGCUAGAUGCCAGAGACCCUCGGACCGUAGCGUACAUAUGCUUCGGGACGAUAGCAAUGCCGUCGCCCGGCGAGGUGGCGGCUCUCGCCGAGGCCCUGGAAUCCACCGGAACCCCGUUCCUGUGGUCGCUGAAGGAGCACAUGAUGGUCCACAUGCCCGAGGGGUUCCUGGAGAGGACGGGGGCGCAGGGGAAGAUCGUGCCAUGGGCGCCGCAGAGCCGGGUGCUGAGCCACCCGGCGUACGGGGCGCACGUGACGCACUGCGGGUACAACUCAGUGUUCGAGAGCGUGGCGGGGGGCGUGCCAAUGAUAUGCAUGCCGUCCUGGGCGGACAACGCGAUGAACGCGAGGAUGGUGAAGGAAGGGUGGGGGAUCGGAGUCGGCGUGGGAGUGGAGGGAGGAGGGGCGAUCACGAAGAGCGGGAUGACGAAGGCGUUGGAGGCGGUGCUGAGGGGCGAGGAAGGGAAGGAGAUGAGGAAGAAGGUUGGCGAGCUUAGAGCGAGAUUGGCGGAGGCUGCUGGGCCUGGUGGGAGUGUUGAAGCUGAUUUCAAGGUCCUUGUGGAGCUGAUUUCUGCUGCUUGA